AUGAUGCUAUACGUGAUCUUCAGCCUGCUAAUAUUGAAUGGUGAUGUUGAAUGUUUACAGCCACGAGUUAAACUUGUGGGUACCCAUAUUAUUUAUCGUCAUGGAGAUCGUUCUCCAAUAGGUCUAUAUCCGACAAGCAACAGUAGUCCUUCCUAUUGGCCUAAUGGUCUUGGUCAAUUGACGCAUCGAGGCCAAGUUCAACAAAUUCGACUAGGACAAUAUUUACGGGAACGAUACUCUGAAUUGCUCAAUUUGACCUACGUUGCUGCUGAAAAUUUGUAUAACAUCAGUCCAUCAUGGGCAAAUCCAUUUGUUCUUGAUCAACUAAAACAUAUUCUUGAUUUAUCUUUCUUUUAUCGUUUCUCGUCACCAGAAGCAAGUCGGUUACGUGGAGGUCCAAUUAUUUCUGAUAUAAUGGAAAAUGUUAAAAGUUUGAUGACCAACAAAUUAAAUGGCCGAAAAGCAAAAAUUUAUUCAGGACAUGAUACAACUAUUGCUGGAGUAUUGUCAUUUUUCGGUGUUAAUUAUGCGCAUCCUCCCUAUUGUAGUGCUCUCUUUUUUGAUUUGUAUCAUGUAGAAGGUUGGUGA